CCGGGUAGAAUAUAGAUUAUAUACACAGCUUCAGCUUGGCAACACGUCUCAGUCUCGAUUCUCUCGCCAGACAGAAUUGUAGCCUUCAACUUAAACUCGUCUUCUUGCAUCCCCCACGUUUGAAAAAAUGACUGCUAAACCCGAAAUUAAAUUCACACAGUUGUUCAUCGAUGGCAAGUUUGUUGAUUCGGUUAGUGGCAAGAAGUUUGCUGUUAUCAAUCCAUCGACUGGCAAGAAGUUGUGCGACGUAGCUGAAGGCGAUAAAGCUGACGUAGAUAUCGCCGUUGAGGCAGCUCGACGAGCAUUCAAAUUUGGUUCGACAUGGCGUACUAUGGAUGCUUCGAAUCGUGGCCGUCUCAUCAACAAGCUAGCGGAUCUCAUUGAACGAGAUGCCGAUUAUCUGGCUGCCCUGGAAACUCUUAAUAAUGGAAAACCAUUGGCCGAAGCUCAAUUUGAUAUGGUCUGUGCAGUCAACUGUCUUCGUUAUUACGCCGGAUGGAGCGAUAAGAUUCACGGGCAAACGAUUCCUGCAGAUGGCAGCAUCUUCGUCGUGACGCGUAAGGAACCUGUUGGAGUCGUCGGCCAGAUCAUCCCAUGGAACUACCCAGUGUUGAUGUGUGCAUGGAAGUUCGGACCGGCGUUAGCUGCUGGGUGCACAGUUGUCCUCAAACCCGCUGAGCAGACCCCAUUAACUGCUCUCUAUUUGGCUCACUUAUCGAUUGAGGCCGGUUUUCCCACAGGUGUGAUCAACGUUGUCAAUGGUUUCGGUGAAACGGCCGGGGCGGCUUUAGCUAAUCACCAACAUAUCCAAAAGAUUGCUUUCACUGGUUCAACUCAGGUGGGAAAAAUAAUCAUGGAGACCGCAGCCAAAUCCAACUUGAAGCGAGUCAGCUUAGAACUAGGAGGAAAAAGUCCUAUCGUUGUUUUUCCCGAUGUCGAUUUGGAUGAAGCUGUCACCAUUUGUUAUAAUGCAAUUUUCGCCAAUAUGGGACAAUGCUGUUGCGCAGGUUCGCGUACGUUUGUUCACGAGGACAUUUAUGCUGAAUUUGUCAAGAAAGCUACCGCUAUGGCCGCUGCACGCAAAGUUGGCAAUCCUUUUGACGAGGGAGUAGAACAAGGACCUCAGGUUAGCGAAGAGCAAUAUAAUAAAAUUCUUGAGCUGCUCGAUUCUGGCAAGAAAGAAGGAGCGUCGGUCACGUGCGGUGGUAAUAAAUGGGGAACCGAAGGGUUUUUCGUUGAACCCACUGUUUUUGCAGAUGUGACAGAUAACAUGCGUAUAGCAAGAGAGGAGAUUUUCGGCCCCGUUCAGACUAUUUUCAAAUUUCGCACAAUGGAGGAGUUAAUCGAGCGCGCUAAUGACACAUGUUACGGUCUUGCUGCUGGUGUACUAACUAAGGAUAUCAAUACGGCCCUUACAUUCGCCCAGGCGGUUGAAGCUGGUUCUGUUUGGGUUAAUUGUUAUGACGCCACCAUGCCUCAGACACCAUUUGGCGGUUUCAAAAUGUCUGGCCAAGGCAGGGAAUUGGGUGAAGAGGGACUGCAUCACUACUUGGAAGUCAAGACCAUUACCAUUGCUGUCCCCCAAAAGAACUCAUAAAAGUUCAAAUAUUAUGAUGAGCUGUUACAAUCCAUCGUUAGAACUUUUGUAGAAACUAGUAGGACACAUAUAUUUUCAUGAGAGCGAGAGAGAAUAAAGAGUAAAGUAGUCUUACUUAUUAUAUUA